UGCACACGAGCUCGGGAGGACACAAGCGCUCAGACCGCUUAUUUUAUGAUAUGACAAGCGUGACCACCACUGAUCAUUGCUCUGAAGUAGGAUAACUGAACUGGUGACGUUAUCUAUUUGGGUUAAACAUAUUUUACUCAAACUUGAACUGGAUGCAAUUAAUCAGGUUGUUUGUUAUCUGUUAUAGCCUACUUCAGCUAACUCGAGUCGAGUAACAGGUUGAAAACGAACUACUAACAACAAAAAAUGGAACUUUCAUAUCAAGCCAUUAAAACAUCAAAACAAGCCAGAGAGGCGGAUGAAAUGCGAACAGAGGCCAGAAGAAGAAGUUUACUAGUACUAAUGUUCAACUAUUUAAUGGAUGAAGGAUACGUGGACACCGCCUGCUCUUUAGAACAAGAAACCAACUUGGGCUUGCGUAAGUUUGAAGUCUGUGACAACGUCGACUUGGACACCAUCAUCAUGGAGUACGAGAGCUAUUAUUUCAUCAAGUUCCAGAAGUAUCCCAAGCUUACAAAAAGAUUACCAGAAACAGGUGACAGAAGAUCCGCCAGAAUUUGUGGUAGGAAGAGAGCCCCAUGUACCGUGACUCAGGCCCUACCCAGAAUAAACUCCAUUCAACGGCCCACAUCCAAAGGUGGUUUAAAGAAGACAGACUCAAAGUUGGCCAUCAGGGAUAUUGAUAAAGACAGUGGUGAGAACGGACUGUCCGGGGCUCAUGAGCCAGCGGAAUUUGGGCUAAACGUGUCGCCCAUCAUGCGAAACGGAGGAGCAGAGGAGGCACCAGUGAAACGGGGACACUUGAUUGACUACCGAGGCCUGAUCCAGGAUGCCAUUAAAGGAGCCGCCUGCAGUACAACGAACGGCACAGCCUGCAACACUGAACCCUCGGAGCGUCUGCUCAAGCCUCUUAGUGCCUUCAGUGGAAUGAACAGCGAGAUGAGGGAGCUCGCCGCGGUCAUCAGCAGGGAUAUCUAUUUACACAACCCCAAUGUGCGCUGGGACGACAUUAUCGGCCUGGAGGACGCCAAGCGAUUAGUCAAAGAGGCUGUCGUCUACCCCAUUAAGUAUCCACAGCUGUUUACAGGCAUCCUCUCGCCCUGGAAGGCUCUGCUGCUCUACGGACCUCCUGGCACUGGGAAGACUCUUCUGGCCAAGGCUGUAGCAACCGAGUGUCAGACCACCUUCUUCAACAUCUCCACCUCUACCAUCGUCAGCAAAUGGAGGGGGGACUCUGAGAAGUUGGUUCGGGUACUAUUUGAGCUGGCCCGGUACCAUGCCCCGUCCACCAUUUUCCUAGACGAGCUGGAGUCCGUGAUGAGCCAGAGGGGAGCAGGACAAGGUGGGGAGCAUGAAGGCAGUCGCAGGAUGAAGACAGAGCUCCUGGUCCAGAUGGAUGGACUAGCGCACUCCGAUGACCUCGUCUUUGUGCUGGCCGCCUCCAACCUACCCUGGGAGCUGGACCACGGCAUGCUGCGGAGGCUGGAUAAGCGGAUCCUGGUGGGGCUGCCGUGUGAAGCUGCUCGCCAGGCCAUGAUUGCCCACUGGCUGCCUCCGCUCAGCACCUCCGGGGGGGUAGACCUGCGCACCCAGCUGGACUACAGUGUGCUUGGGCAGGAGAUGGAAGGUUACUCCGGCUCAGAUGUAAAGCUGGCAUGCAAGGAGGCGGCUAUGAGGCCUGUUCGGAAAAUAUUUGACGCUCUUGAAAAUCAUCAAGCUGGCAACUCCAACAUGCCCGUCCUGCAGCUGGACACGGUCACUACAGCAGACUUCAUGGAGGUGCUCGCUCACACCAAGCCCUCCGUCAGGAACCUCACUGAGAAGUACAUGGCCUGGGAGAAGGAGUACCAGUCAGUGUGAGACCAAACACAUCUCUCUCUCUCUCUCUCUCUCACACACACACGCACACACAUAUACACACACCAUACCACACACAUGGACACACACACACACACCAUACCACACACAUAUACACACACGCAUACAUAUACACACCAUACCGCACACAUGGACACACACACACACACACACACACACAUACAUAUACACACCAUACCGCACACAUGCACACACACACACACACACAUAC